CCCGGGGGCUCGCCGGAGCGGCCCCUGGCAACGGGGCGGGGCGGCCCCAGCCCGGGUUCGCGGUGGGGUCUGGGGCGGCGGAGCCCGGGGGAGAUGACGCCGAUGUCAGUGUCCCGAUACAGCGGCGUAGCUCCCUAGGCCCUUAUAUGGUGGCCAUACCCCCGUCCCUGGGCCACCCCGGCGCCAGGUGUCCCGGGCUCGGGGUUCAGCGCCUCAGCUUGAUUUGCUCCGGCCCCUGGGACCAAUGGAUUUAUCAUAACCCUUACUGUUAAGUAGUGCUAAGAUACAAACGAAAUUUAAAAAUCUAUCUGGAAUUCAGUGACAUCCAAUACAGGCACCAGUGAAUAUGUCAUUCAGUCAAACUAGACCUCCAACAUCAGAGUUGGUAGAGCUUCAUGUUUUUUAUGUCCCAGAAGAAGUGUGGAACUUCACAUUAAAUACAGUUUCUGCAGCUCUUACUAGCAAAUUCAUUUCAGCUGGAUUUAUAAGGGUGCCUCGUCAUGUCACAUUGAGAGCACUGCGGGAGCAGCUUGGAGACUUCCUGGGUGAAGAUGCUGUUGCAGAUAAGUUUAUAUUUCUGAAACAUAUAGGGAAAAAAGCUAGCAGUGGUGAAGGCAAAACAAGAAACAGAACUGAAACUCAAGUUAUUUGCUCCCCCACAUGCACUUCAUCCCGAAUUAUAUUUGCUUCCUGGAGUGGACCACUUAGAAAUUGCUUAUUCAUCAUCAACAACUCCAGAUACACAGCACUUAAUGUAGAAUCCCAUAGGUCUCCCCAUGGACCAAGUACUUUAAAUCUUCCAAAGAAAAAGCCUGAAAAAAGUCCAACAUUUCUAGAAGGUCCACUGAAACAUACUCUCAGGCAGAAUCAGGAAGAUUCUAAUUCUUUAGGAUGGAGUGAAACAGAAAAAGAAAUGAUUCCAGUUUUGCACAUAAAACCUGAACAAAGCCUGAACAACAGGACUCAGGAAAAAAAGAUUCCAUAUAGAAGGAAAGACCAAAUUGAAUCCAAUGGAUCUCUCCACAUACCAAGUGGUUUAAAUCCCACAAAGUGGGAAUCUGGAAAAAAUCCUACAUCUUUGGAAAGUGCUCAGAAAAAUCAUCUCAGCCAGGAUCAGAAAGAAUCUAAUACACUUAGCUGGAGCCAGAAAGACAAAGGGACACUUUCAGGUCAUCAUGUAAAACAGAGCAUUGAACAAGCCAAGAACAAUGAGACUCAGGAAAAUCACAUUCCCCCUGGAAGAAAAGAAGAAAUCUCUAUAGUGAUGGGUGAAAAUGUGGAAAACAGAUGCAAUCUAAAAGCUAUCAGGAUGGGAAGAAACACUACAGGGGAUUCCGAAAUUCCAGAAUCAUUGGAAGAUGGAGACAAGGAAUAUUUGCACAGUAAGAAAAGGCCUCAGCAGUCUGGAAUUAGAGAAUCUGUGGCUGAUAUUGGUAUCAAACAGGAUGAUAAGACAGAUAAGAAUAACGUAAAUCAUCUUGAGUAUUCAAGUCAAUACAUUUCUCCUCCUCCUCCACCGGCUCUUUCUAUAAACAGAGCUCAAGUUCCCAUAUUUCAGACAGAGAAAAGCAAGAUGGUUGAACAACUGAAACAAAUGAAGGCAGAAAGAAGGCACAUGGAAAGAACUAGAGAGGAACUGGUUAAAAAAGUCAAAAGUUUGCUUGAACAAAAUAAGCUGAGGAGAUAUCAUGCCCGUGAUGCAUGGAAAAAGAAAUACUUUGAAACUAAGAAAGCUACCACUUCAUUGGAGGACAUUUUAAAUAAACUGCGACAAGAUUUAGAGCUUUACUACCAAAAGUUACUGUUGCAGCUGGAAGCCAGAGAUAUCAGGAAACAACCAAACAAUUUAACACACAUUGCAAACGCCAAGAACACCACAAUCAUCCAGAUUACAACAGUGCAGCACGAAAUUGAUCAACUGAAGAGAAAGCUGGAUAAUACAAAAAUGAAACUCAUAAUAGAAAUUAAGAUGAGAAAGCAGGCAGCCUCUGAUUUACGAGCAUUGAGAGCAGAGCUGGCACAGAAGAAAAUUCAGUCAUCUUUAAUACUCCAGUCUGAAACACCAAUAUUUUAGAAGGAUUACAUUACUUGGGAUUGUGUAAUAUAUUCGUAUAGAAGCUCAACAUGUCAGUAGCUGGCUUUAUAUUCCUAUACUUUUCUUGUAAAGAGACUUCUCAAUAUGUAAGAUAGGAUAAUUGUAUAUGUUAAAAUAGAUGUAUAUCAUUUAUUUAAAAUGCCCUAAAAUAUCUCAAGCUAAUAAUUGUAACUUAGUUGUAAUUCACUUAUACUUAUAAAAUAUGCAGUUUAACCUAUUAGCGUGUUUAUUUUUGACUACAAGCUAAUCAAAUGUAAAGAAAUGGCAUUACAUUUUUUUCAAAUAGUGAAUUAUGUUAUUUUAUAUAAUGAAGCUCAAUAUGGAAUUGCAAUUUGAACUAGUAUACCCAAAAUUGUGGAUAAAAAUGUAUUUUUGGUUUUUUUGAAGUACAUAUAGCUUAAUCAGUUUAACCCACAAAAUAGUCAGCAAUUUUUACAGGACUGGGGCAGCAAAAAUCUGAUUUCAGAUACCUACCUCAUUGUGCUUUGAAAUUCAAGCAUUGUAAUAACAUCAGUCUUGUAGUUUCUUUUCCCUCUCUUAAGUGUAGCUGCACUGACAAUCAAGUGCCCUUGUCCUAGCCAUGAGGUUGUGAAUAUGAUCAUGGUCAGACUUACAUGAAAGAAAAUGUUGAGCAUACAGUAUUUAUUAACCAAGUUCAGACUGGAGGCAACAGGCAUGUUCCUGUACGGAGUAUCAGUUCUCUGGAAGGGAACUAGUACCCCUUCCAUGUUAGCUUUUUCCACUCUCUCCUCCUUGCUCCCUGUUACAAAAGGGUAUUAUAUCUAGCAAAGCAGGACGCUGCAAGAGCUUAAUGUGAAGCAGCCACAAAACUGACAAGGCUAAACUAAAUUAUUUCAAGUGACAAACAGACAGGAUGUCAAAAUAGGAUGUGAAAGUUCUUGCAACACUUUCAAAAGGAGGAACUCUAAAUCUUGUGAGCUAUACAACCUCUCUGUCUCCAACAUAAUCCUUCUUUAAAUCCUUUCAUAAAGCCUUCCCAACAAAUGAACCAACCCCUGUUCUACUUCAAGAUUGGAACCUAAAUCCUAUGAAUCUGAACUGUAUUGUCUAGGACCAAUUUAGAUUUCAAACUCUAGAAGGAAGGGACUGUCUUUUUUCUAUUUAUACAGCAUGAAACACACUAACGGUAUUUAAUAAAUAAGAGCAGAGGACUGGACUUUGGGUUCUAUUCUCUGUGAUACA